AUGGUGCCCAGCGUCUGGGUCAUCAUGACUGAGCUGCCUCUUACUGAAAAUGGCAAGGUUGACCGGAAGGCCCUGCGGAAGGUUGGAUCUUCGUUUUCGAGAUCGCAACUCGCCCUUCUCGACCAUGCUGCGGGGUUACAACGAAGACACCCGACUACCGAAGCCGAACUCGGCCUUGCUCAGCUUUUCGCCCGCGUACUCAAUAUCGACACUGCUUCAAUUGGCAUUGAUGAUAGCUUUCUCCGGAUCGGAGGCGACUCCAUCACGGCUAUGCAGAUCUCUGCAGAGGCCAGAGCGAGAGGCCUCAACAUAUCGACGGCGGCUAUUCUCCGCCACAAGACUAUUACUGCCAUACUGGACUCAACCAGAGACUCCGAGCCGUUCAUAUUCGUGGAAGAAGCUAGGCAUCGGGAAACGCCCGCGAUUCCUGACAGGCAGAAUGUCGGAUCCAAAUAUUGUGACUUCGAUGCUUUUCAAGCGCAGAUUCUUCCGCAAAUCGAUACCACUUUGCGACCCGAAGAUGUGGAAGACAUGUUCCCAUGCUCGCCGAUGCAAGAAGCCAUGCUGAUCAGCCAGGCAAAAGAUUCCAAGAUGUACCGUACGCGGAUGGAUCUUGAACUUCUUUUGCCGACCGACUGCAACUCACUUGAUGAGGCUCAGUUGCAGUGGGCAUGGAAAGAAGUCGUAAAGCGUCAUGCGUUACUGCGCGCUAUUCUGGUAAACCACAUACCAGGUAGCAGCGGCAUGAUGCACGUUAUUCUAAAGAAUCCUGAGGUCGGGAUGUCGAUUAGAAGAAACACCAGUAGAACCACCUUGUACGAGGCCCUCGAGGACGAUAUUGUCAGCUACCGUCACUGCGGGCUUCAGCACCACGUAACACUAUACCAGCUGGACAGUGGCAACCCACAUCUAUUGCUGGAUCUCAACCAUGUCAUCGCAGAUGGCCACUCCACCAGCAUCAUGAUCCGAGAACUCCAAGAUUAUUACAAUCACGGUAAAACACAAUCUUCGCCACAGAGCUACCACGAGUACAUAUCCUUUCUUAAGAGCAGAGGUCUGGAUGAGGGACUCGAGUACUGGACCAAGUUCCUCGCUGGCGUAGAACAGUGCUAUUUCCCCGAGCUCGUCAGCGAAGACAUGAGACAUUGUCCCUCUCGCGAAAUGAUAACGGUAGCCGACAUUGACACUGACCGCAUGCGGGCAUUUUGCGCCAGCUGGGAGCUGACACCAGCCAUCCUUAUCCAGGUGGCAUGGGCAACUGUCCUGAAGUCAUACACCGGGAUGCAGCGACCGUCAUUUGGUGUAAUUUGUUCCGGCAGAGACCACCCAAUCGACCAUGUUGAUGGGAUCUUUGGUCCUCUGAUCGGUAUGGUCACAGCCUCCAUUUCGCUUGAAAACGAUCACGAUGUCCAAGAGGUACUGACAACGGCGCAAUCGAAUUAUCUGACGGCGCUAUCUCAUCAGACGGUGCCACUUGCAGCUGUGCACAGCGCACUGGGAUUAGGAUCAUCUGCACUGUUCAACAGCAUCUUGUCUUUCCAGAAAAACGAAAAUUAUGUUGCAGAAGUGAAUGAGGCUGGUUUGAAGAUGAAAAUUGUGGAUGGUUUCGACCCCAACGACUAUGCUGUGUCUGUUCGGAUUGUUGACACCACCAACGAAAUAAAGAUCUUCAUUGAUCAUGCUGGGGUACUGCAGAAGUCUCAAAGCCUUUGGCUCGGCCAGUGCUUCAGCACCGCUUUGACUACGAUUAUGGACAACGUCCAGGGCAUCGUCUCUCAGCUCGACCUACUGGACAAUCAUAGUCUGCAACAACUUUGGACGUGGAACAAGGACGUACCAUCGUCUAUCAAUGCAUGCACACAUCAUCUCGUUGAGAGGCAGGCUAAGGAAACUCCAGACCACAAAGCAAUUGAGUCGUGGGACGGAAGUUUAACUUUCUCUGAUUUGAAUAAGCAAGCAAACACUCUCGCUCACUACCUGAUAUCGCUGGGAGUUAGUUCAGGCAUCAUUGUGCCAAUAUGCUUCGACAAGUCGCUGUGGGUUGUCAUCACUAUGUUGGCUGUUCUCAAGACCGGGGCUGCGUUUGUGCCGCUUGACCCAUCACAGGCGCCGGAACGUCGAGAGCUGGUGCUCCAGCAGGUCGAUGCGCACCUUAUCCUGACUUCGGAACAAUUUUCCGGGAUAUUCUAUGGGGAAAGUUAUUCCUCGUUUGCGGUGACAGCUGCUUCCAUACGUCGCCUAUCAUCAAGCCAUAGAGGCAAAGAAACCCCAGUCGUCCAAGUCGAUCCCUCCUCCACCAUGUACUGCCUGUUUACAUCCGGCAGUACGGGUGUUCCCAAGGGGGUCAUUCUACCCCACCAAGCCGUGAGCACCAGUUGUACCCACCAUGGCAGACGCAUCCACUUCAGCACGAGUACAAGAACAUUGCAGUUCUCGGCGUAUACUUUCGACGCUUGCAUCAUGGAAAUCUUCACCACUCUGAUGUUUGGCGGUUGCAUUUGCAUCCCUUCGCCUUCAGAAAGGUUGGACAACAUCGCCAGAGCCAUCCAGGCUAUGGGUGUUAACUUGUUGUUCGCAACACCGACGGUCGCAAGACUGAUAAACUCUGAGGAGGUUCCAUCACUACGUACCAUCAUUAUUGGUGGGGAGAUGUGCUCCUCUGCCGACUAUGCAAGAUGGCACCACCUCGAAGUGGUCAUGCAGGCCUACGGUCCUACUGAAUGUGCCAUUUUCUGCACUCUAAAUGACGAAAGUUCUCAAACAGCAUACAGGAAUUGUAUUGGCCACGCUGUAGGAACGAUAGGGUGGCUGGUUGAUCCAGGAGAUGAGAGUAAGCUUGCGCCAAUCGGCGCUGUGGGCGAACUGGUUGUAGAGGGCUCUCAACUGGCUGGAGGCUAUCUCCAUGAUGAGGCUCGUACCACAAGCUCCUUCAUUUUGAACCCUCCCUGGCUCCUACGUGGGUCUCUAUCAGCCCCAGGACGCGAGGGUCGGCUGUACAAGACGGGUGACUUGGUGCGAUAUGUUGGGGAUCAAGGCCACAUGUCCUACGUUGGCAGGAUAGAUGCCCAAGUGAAACUUCACGGCCAACGCAUGGAGUUGGCUGAGACGGAGCAUCACAUGAUGGCAUGCGUGCCAGGAAUUCUCCAAGCUGCAGCCGAGGUUGCUAGACCGGGAGGCAAAGGCGCGGGGCCAGCCCUUGUCGGAUUCCUUGUCCUGGACGAUCGAGACAGGUCCACACAUCCUCUUCCCGCACAAGAUGACAGCCCCGAGACCAGUAUCAGGGGCUCCACCAGCGUUCAUCACCUGGCAGCUUCGAUUGAAGAUGAUCUGGCCAACAGACUACCGAGUUACAUGAUUCCAACCAUCUGGUUCACAAUCAGUCAGCUCCCUAUGGGAAACUCUGGCAAGACAGACCGGAAAAGGUUAAGGAGUAUUGUGUCGUCCUUCACCGUCGCCGAACUUGCUGGCCUUAAGCGAAGCGGACCAAAUCGUGAAGUGACCACAUCACAAGAGAAACAAGUUCAACGCCUAUGGGCCCGAGUGUUGCAGCUGGAAGAGUCGACCAUCGGCCCCGACGACAGUUUCUUCCGGCUAGGGGGUGACUCAAUCUCUGCUAUGAAGCUAGUCAGCGAAGCCAGGAAAGAUGGAGUCACGCUUUCUGUUGCACAAGUCUUCCAGCAACCGAAGCUUCAGCAACUUGCGCAGCAAGUUGGCUCAAGCUCCGAUUUUGACGCUGUAUCACCUGGUGUCCGAAGCUUCUCUCUGUUACAUGGCAUUAUAGACAUUCAGAAGUGCAGAGAACAGGCUGCUGAGCUGUGUGGGUUACAUGUACAAAACAUUCAAGACAUAUACCCCUGCACGCCACUGCAGGCAGGUCUCAUGGCUCUCACAUCGAAGCAGGCUGGAAGUUACAUCUUACAGACUGUUGUGGAACUCCCUGCCGAAAUCGACAUACGACGCUUCAAAAACGCGUGGGAGAGGACCGUAAAUCAUAGUUCGAUCUUGCGCACCAGAAUCGUUCAGUGCGAUGGCACCGGUCUUGUUCAGGUUGUCUCGUGCAAAAGUCAGAUUGAAUGGAAAGUGUCGAAGAACCUGGAACUCCAUCUUCGGGAUGACAAGUUGAUUGCCAUGGGCUUGGGAGAACCACUUUCCCGCUUCGCACUCAUACAUGAAGCCUCGACGGAAAAGACUCUGUUCAGCUGGUCAGUUCAUCAUUCGCUUUAUGAUGGAGCAUCAAUGCCACUCGUCUUAUCACUUGUCAAGGAGUUCUACAACGGGGGCAGCCCGCCGCCCCAGGCGGAGUUCAACAUGUUUGUCAAGUACACUCAAGGCUUGAACAAGGAGGAUGCCACCGAGUUCUGGAAUUCAGCUCUGGAUCACGUGGAGGGCCAGCCCUUCCCAUCCGUUCCCAGCAAUCUUCAUAUUGUCAAUGCUGACACAACGCUGGAGAGAUCAUUGUCUAUCGCUCCUUCUGUCAGCGUGGACUUCACAAUGUCGACAAUCAUCAGAGCCGCAUGGGCUUUGACAGUCUGCCGGAAUACCGCCACAAAAGAUGUUAUAUUCGGGGCUACCCUGUCCGGCCGCAAUGCUUCUGUGCCGGAGAUCGACAGCAUGAUCGGUCCAACUAUUACAACCGUACCUAUAGUUGCCCGUGUUUUUGAUGGAUUCUCUGUUUCAGACUUUCUGAGUCAGCUCCAGCGCGACGCCACCGCCAUGAUUCCAUUUGAACAGACAGGUCUCCAGAAUAUUGCCAAGAUAAGUGCGAACACCCGGCUUGCUUGCAAUUUCCAGACUCUGCUUGUCGUUCAGCCACCGGCCUCCAGUUUACCAAGCCAAGAGCUUGAGUACUUCAUCAGUGCCAUCGAACAAUUGUCAACAACAGACCUCUCUCAAGAUAUUGCCGAGUUUCUUGGUCCCGACAGUGCAGACCUCGAUCGAAUCUGGUCCUGGAAUAGCACUGUUCCUGACACUGUUGAUCUUUGUGUCCAUGACCUGAUCGCCAGCCAGGCACUUUCGAGACCUGAUGCUCAAGCAGUCUGUGCUCACGAUGGAGAGCUCACUUUCGCUCAGCUCGACGAUCUUGCAACGAAGGCCGCUCAUCGUCUCAUCGUGGCCGGUAUGGGAAUCGAGACUUUGAUACCAUUGUACUUCGAGAAGUCACUAUGGACCAUCGUUGCCAUGGUCGCUGUUCUUAAAGCAGGGGGCGCGUUUGUACCUCUUGAUCCCAACCAGCCAGCUUCUCGGGCGGCAGACGUUCUGAAGCAGAUCAGCGCACGGUUGAUUCUCACAUCCCAAAGUCUUCAGUCAACAGACUUCGGUGUCGAAAUCGAUAUCAUCACCGUCGGUCCGGGCCUACUCAGAGACGACAAGGGGCUCACUGAUGAUCUGCCUUCAGUUCCAUCCAGCUCCGCUGCCUAUGUGAUAUUCACAUCAGGCAGCACAGGCACACCCAAGGGCGUAGUGCUCGAACACCGAGCCACUAGCAGCGGGUGCCACUAUCAUGGUACCAAAGUUGGCCUUGACCAUGACUCUCGAGUAUUGCAAUUCGCAUCAUAUACCUUCGAUGCCUCGGUCUUCGAGAUAAUUACAGCUCUCGUAUUUGGUGGCUGUGUCUGUGUGCCAUCCGAGGCACAGCGUUUUGAUGGCUUGGCGCAGGCCAUGGAGGCCAUGCGUGUCAAUGUUGCAUUACUCACGCCAUCAAUCGCGAGACAUCUUGAGCCUGAUGCUGUCCCAUCGUUGCAAGUCAUUCUGUUGGGCGGAGAGGCGUCAGCUGCGGAUGAUUACGCCAGAUGGAUGGCAAGCACCCGGGUCUUAAACCUGUACGGCCCCACAGAAGCCACAGUCAUCUGCGCCGCCGUCGAAGUCACAGUAGAUGCUCCAAUCCACGGCAGUAUCGGAACGGCAACAGGUUCGGCCAGCUGGAUCGUCGACCCACGAGAUCCAGGGACGCUUCUGCCUAUAGGCGCUACGGGAGAACUUCUUGUGGAGGGUCCCAUCCUAGCGCGAGGCUAUAUCAAUGACGCCGAGAAGACCAGAGCAGCCUUCAUUGAUGGUCCGUCAUGGUUGGCGAAGGGGGUUGAACAUAUCCCAGGUCGACAUGGUCGACUUUACCGGACCGGUGACCUCGUUCAAUACGCAGAGGAUGGUAGUCUUGUAUACGUCGGUCGUCAAGAUGCCCAAGUCAAAAUUCGCGGCAUGCGCGUCGAACUGGCCGAGAUUGAGCAUCAUGCUGCGGCCUGUGUCCCGGAGGCAGAGCAGCUCAUUGCCGACAUCAUUAGGCCUGCGAAUGAAAGAAACGUUAGCAUGCUUGCUCUCUUUGCCGUCAUUGAUCACAACAACCGCCAUCACUUACUUCUAGACGAAGGGGCGGCGUCGGAAAGCGACGGGUUCGAAAUAUGCUGUCGUUCAAUACCCAUCUCAUUGGAACAGUCUUUACUAGAAAGACUACCGACUCACAUGGUACCAGGUAUCUUGUUCGUCCUAGAUCGUCUUCCUCUCAACAUGGCCGGCAAGACAGACCGGAAUAAAUUACGCGAAAUUGGCUCGUCUCUAUCCAACACCCAGUCCCCGUCCCUUCUCACACGGCCAAGGCGCGACAUGUCAGAGCCGGAAGCAAAAAUGCAUGCCAUUUGGGCACGGACAUUGAACAUCGAAUUCUCCACCUUUGAUAUUGACGAUAGCUUUAUUCGCAUCGGUGGCGAUUCAAUUACUGCCAUGCAGGUAUCAUCGACAGCUAGAACGCAAGGGAUGAACAUCUCGACAGCGGAUAUUCUCCAGCACAAGAGCAUCAGUGCAAUUGUUCAAGCUUGGAGCUCGCGCUCGCUAAACGGGGAGGAAAAGUCAAGCCAGAUCUUGACUUCGCUUCAACGCGCGAAAGACGCAGUUAACGGUGGACAAUCAUUCCCCCUCAGCCCGAUCCAGCAACUCUUCUUUCUACACCAGAAAGACCCCAAUGUGCCUUUCAAUCAGUGCAUUUUACUUCAGCCACGUGAAGCCAUUGGAUUCAAGGGUCUACAGGACGCUUUCGACACCUUAGUCGAUGUACACUCUGUUCUCCGUACCGAGUUCCAGGUAUCAGCAACAGGAGCUUGGCAACAACGAAUACGACCUAAUGCUUCCGGGAAGGCCCCGAAAUCCUUCAGUAUUUCCCAUGAUCGUAUCACAAACCUGAGCGAGAUUUCAGCUCUCAUCUCAAACCGACAGAAGUUACUCAACAUCAAGGAAGGCCAUCUAGUAGUAGCUGGAUUAGUCGAUGUCGGCGAAGCUCGAUUAGUCUUCAUCAGUAUACACCAUUUGGUCGUAGAUCUUGUCUCCUGGAGAAUCAUCCUUGAGGAUCUGGAGUUGUUGCUCUGUGGACCAGUCCUCUGA